CCCAUUUCUUGUCUGAUAUAUUUUGCAUAAUAGUUAAUAUUUUCAUUUUCUGAUACAUUGAUUUUAACAAUAAUUAUUAUCAUGAGGAUGUCUAGAGGCAGAGCUUCUGUGUGUAUCUGAAUGCCUUUUCACAAGUGUUCUGAGAAAGAUUCUCUCCAAGUAUCUGGGUUAAUUAACUGCAUUAAAUUUAUUAAUAACUUUGUUGCAAUUGUACUGAAUCAUCAUCUAAAAAUAAUUAUAUGUUUGGUCAUAUGCCCCUUUAACAUUUCAAAAUAUUUGUUUUUAGGGUCUCAGCACUGUAAUAUUUAUAUAUUUAAAGCAAUUAACAUGUUCUAAGGACAAGCUAACUACAUGUAUGGCAAUCUCCGGGUUUUGAGUGAUUAGUAAUUUUCAUCCUUGAAUAAGAAAACAGGCUGUACGGUAGAGGUGAAUAUAGCCCUUCUCUGUGAGAUGGAAAAUACCAUACACUCCUUAUAUGGCUAAAUGAAGCAGUGAUGGCAAUGCACUAUAAUUACAAUGUAUGAAAAUUUGGGACUUUGUACUCCUCUAUUUUUAACACUUUUGCUAGCAUAUGGUAGUUCAGGGUCUUCAAACCAUAGUGUUUCGCUGCUAAUACUAGUGAUAAGAGAAUGGAUUCUAAAUUUGCCAAAGUCUUGUGACCAAGACAGCAGCAGGAGGAUUCAAAAUUGAAAAUCUGGCAACCCCAGAAUUAUCUUGACUGUCUACUUAAAUCUCUGAGGGUUUUUUUAAAGCCCCACCCCCACCCUAUCUCACAGGCGCUCGCUCGCUCGCUCGCUCGCUCGCGCGCACUCUCUCUCUGACCUUAAAUCCAACCAGAAGCAUUUCUCCACUCUGCAGAGAAAUUCUUAGGCUCUUGUUGAGACCUGAAGCACUGAGAUGCCAAGAAAUCUCUUGUGCGGCAGAAUUGGAGACAAGAAAAUUGGGGAAUAAGCAGAAAAACCAUAAUCCUUAGAGUAACAAGAAACAAGCACUUCCAAACGUUUCACUGCGCAAACCAUGCAGGAUGAUUUACUGAUGGACAAAAGCAAAACCCAGCCCCAGCCCCAGCAGCAGCAGCAGCGGCAGCAGCAGCAGCAGCCCCAACCUGAGUCCAGCGUAUCCGAAGCCCCGUCCACGCCCCUCUCCUCAGAGACCCCCAAGCCGGAGGAAAACAGCGCAGUGCCGGCCCUCAGCCCAGCCGCUGCCCCCCCGGCCCCCAACGGCCCGGAUAAGAUGCAGAUGGAAUCACCGCUCCUGCCAGGCUUGAGUUUCCAUCAGCCCCCUCAGCAGCCGCCGCCGCCUCAGGAGCCCGCGGCACCGGGCGCGUCGCUGUCGCCGUCCUUCGGCAGCACCUGGUCCACGGGCACCACCAACGCGGUAGAGGACAGCUUCUUCCAGGGGAUCACCCCAGUCAACGGGACCAUGCUCUUCCAGAACUUCCCGCACCAUGUCAACCCAGUCUUCGGAGGCACUUUCUCCCCGCAGAUUGGCCUGGCGCAGACCCAGCACCACCAGCAGCCGCCGCCGCCUGCGCCCGCGCCGCAGCCGGCACAGCCAGCGCAGCCCCCGCAGGCGCAGCCCCCGCAGCAGCGCCGCUCACCCGCCAGCCCCAGCCAGGCGCCCUACGCGCAGAGGAGCGCCGCCGCGGCGUACGGCCACCAGCCCAUCAUGACCAGCAAGCCGUCCUCGUCUUCGGCGGUUGCAGCCGCUGCUGCCGCAGCCGCCGCCUCGUCGGCCUCGUCCAGCUGGAACACGCACCAAAGCGUGAAUGCAGCCUGGAGCGCACCGUCCAACCCCUGGGGCGGCCUGCAGGCGGGCCGGGACCCUCGCCGGGCGGUCGGUGUGGGCGUGGGUGUGGGUGUCGGGGUGCCUUCCCCGCUCAACCCCAUCUCGCCGCUAAAAAAGCCCUUCUCCAGCAACGUGAUCGCGCCGCCCAAGUUCCCUCGCGCGGCCCCCCUCACUUCCAAGUCCUGGAUGGAGGAUAACGCUUUCCGGACCGAUAAUGGUAACAAUCUGUUGCCAUUUCAGGACCGGAGUAGGCCCUAUGAUACUUUUAACUUGCACUCGUUGGAGAACUCCUUAAUGGAUAUGAUAAGGACUGAUCAUGAGCCUCUGAAAGGUAAACACUACCCUCCCAGUGGCCCACCAAUGAGUUUCGCUGAUAUAAUGUGGAGGAAUCAUUUUGCAGGACGCAUGGGGAUAAAUUUCCAUCAUCCAGGAACAGAUAAUAUUAUGGCACUUAACACCAGGAGCUAUGGGCGGAGACGAGGUCGAUCUUCUCUCUUUCCCUUUGAAGAUGCCUUCCUGGACGAUAGCCACGGCGAUCAGGCCUUGUCAUCUGGCUUAAGUUCUCCCACUCGCUGUCAAAAUGGGGAACGAGUAGAACGCUACUCUAGAAAGGUGUUUGUUGGAGGCCUUCCUCCUGAUAUUGAUGAAGAUGAGAUCACUGCCAGCUUUCGCAGGUUUGGACCUCUCGUAGUAGACUGGCCCCACAAAGCUGAAAGCAAGUCGUAUUUUCCUCCUAAAGGCUAUGCCUUUCUGCUGUUCCAGGAGGAAAGCUCGGUACAAGCUUUGAUAGAUGCCUGCCUAGAGGAAGAUGGGAAACUGUACCUGUGUGUGUCAAGCCCCACCAUCAAGGAUAAGCCAGUGCAAAUUCGACCAUGGAACCUAAGUGACAGUGACUUUGUAAUGGAUGGUUCUCAGCCUUUGGACCCCAGAAAAACUAUCUUUGUUGGGGGAGUUCCACGACCCCUUCGAGCUGUUGAACUGGCAAUGAUCAUGGACCGUUUAUACGGUGGUGUCUGCUAUGCUGGCAUUGAUACGGACCCAGAGCUGAAGUACCCCAAAGGUGCUGGCCGCGUGGCAUUCUCCAAUCAGCAGAGUUACAUUGCAGCCAUCAGCGCUCGUUUUGUGCAGCUUCAGCACAAUGACAUUGACAAACGGGUUGAAGUAAAGCCAUAUGUGCUGGAUGAUCAGAUGUGUGAUGAGUGCCAGGGCACACGCUGUGGUGGGAAGUUUGCCCCGUUCUUCUGUGCCAACGUCACCUGUCUGCAGUAUUACUGUGAAUACUGCUGGGCGAGCAUACAUUCCCGAGCUGGGCGGGAGUUCCACAAACCGCUGGUGAAGGAGGGAGGCGACCGCCCUCGUCACGUCCCGUUCCGCUGGAGCUGAGCCACGGGCCGACCCAGCCACAAGUACUGGAGUAGAUAACAAGGAGGGAAAAGAGAGGGCACUGCCUCAGGGCUUACAGUGUUCUGGAAAUCUGUGCAUUCGUUCUCGAUUUUUAAAGAAGAAUUGGGUCUUUUUAUUAUUAUUAUUAUUAUUAUUAUUAUUAUUAUUAUUUACAGUCAUAUUACUGAACUCAGUGUCCAGUAUAAUGCAGAAUUGCAGAGUGUAGAAUGGUACUGAUUUGCACUUUGAUUCACACCUUUGUCUGCUUGGUACCUUAAUUUUUUAUACCUGAUUUGUCACUCGUGACAGUAUGUAGACUGCUAUUCUCAUCAGCGGCCGUCAGGCUACUGUCUGUGAUUCUUUUGUUUGUUGUUGUGGUGGUGUUGUUCUGAUUGUUUUGAAUUGGAGCAUGCACUUAUUUUCAGAAACUUAGAGAGUUGCCCCUAGGACAAGACUUACCAAAGGUAAUACUCGUGAGUAGGUGGCAGAUGUAGCAAAAACUUCACAACAAUUCAGCAAUCAUUAGUUUGGGUCACUUAGAGUAAGGAUAACCCUUCAUGAAAAUAAGCCUUUAGUUGCUCUCUAUUUUGACUUGUAAGGAUACCUCAUAAGCUGGAUCUUUAAUUUUUCCUUCAUGUUUGAUUUUUGUUUUGCCGAGGAUUUUGGUUAGAUCUUUUAGUAUUAUGUAAAUUUAUGCUGCAAUAGCUUUUGCUGCUAUUAAAAUGGUAUUAUUAAUACCAUAAUACUCUAUUCAGGCUAAGAUAUCAAUUAAACACAAAAACCCAACAACACACUUUUGUGAUUUUAGGGAUAGAGUCAGCUGCCGAACGGAGAUCAGAAUAGACUUCAGAAAGCUUUGGUGGAAGGUCACUAUUUCUGACUGCAUGUUUACUUAAUCAGGUUGCUGCAUGCAAUAAAUUUUAUAUCCAAUGUCUAGUAUAAAACGUUCCCACAAUGCACAAAUUAAGAAUCUAUAUAAGCUAUAAAAAUACUCAUUUUUUAAAAAAAGUUUUUUUCAUUCAAAGAAUUGGUAAUUGACCGGAGGAAGGCAUGCCUCAAUAAAUGGAAUGCUCUGAAUGGGAAGAGCCCAUAACAGAAUGACCUAUAUUACAACUGAUAUAAAACCUAGGUGUAGGAUAUUCUUCAAGCAAAUUUGUGGAUGGUAGAUGAAGUACUUUGCGGUGCUCUGUUAUAUAUUGUGCAAUUUAUUUUAUAUAGUAAAGUGAUUAUGUCUAACUGUGAUCAAACUUAACUGUUUAAAGCCUCUGUCAGACAUUAACGAACUUGACAGUUCAUAACUGAUAUAUUAUAAACUAACACAUGAGCUCUUAGUUACAAUCUCUUAGUGCUUGCACCAUUUUACAUAGCUUCAGACCUUGUCCAGAAAACCAAAGAGCUCAUCUUAGCUUACAAACACUAAGAAUAUAUACAGGAUAUAGAGAUAAGUUGUCAGAUUGACAAACUAGGCACAUUUUUAAGAAAGUCGUGUAAUGGUGAUGCUAAAGAAAUGUCUGUACAAAAUAAGAUGGCCUGGGCAGAGUUGGUUGUCUGGGUGAGAAACUAACUACUUAAUUCCCUGGAUUUAUCCUGUUAAGCUUGAGUAGAAUGAACGCCUGCUAGCACUAGCGUGGUCUAGAAUGAACGCCUGCUAGCACUAGCGUGGUCUAGAAUGAACGCCUGCUAGCACUAGCGUGGUCUAGAAUGAACGCCUGCUAGCACUAGCGUGGUCUAGAAUGAACGCCUGCUAGCACUAGCGUGGUCUAGAAUGAACGCCUGCUAGCACUAGCGUGGUCUAGAAUGAACUCCUGCUAGCACUAGCGUGGUCUAGAAUGAACGCCUGCUAGCACUAGCGCGGUCUAGAAUGAAGGCCUGCUAGCACUAGCGUGGACAUUUUUCUAGCAUUCACCCUUGGGCUGCAGAUAGUAAUAUAUAAACACACACAAUGAUUGCAAGACUAUGUAAAUCUUUUUUUAAUCUUCUUCCUAUGUUUUGGAAUUCUGGGGACAAUCUGACUGGAUAUGACACUGCAGAAUAGAUUAAGUCGCUGUGUUUUCUGUGCUGUGAUGUCCUUGUACUGUCUUAAGUUAGUGUUGCUUGUUUUUGUUUUGUUCUCCCAUGUUUAGUUGCAACUACUGGCUCUCAAGCUAUAGUUUGUUUUCAAAAAGGAAAAACAAAAUAGUUUUUUACUGGAUUAAAAAUGCUUAUUUUAGAAUCCUCCCCUUUUUGAGGCUUUUUGGUAAUAAUUGCUUUUUUCCAGCCCAGGUGUGGUUUUGUUUGUUUUUUUCUAUGUUUGUGGGUUUUUUUUUCAUCUGUACAAGAAAUUUUGUUAUGCACUACUACUUUUUGUAUUCUAGACAGUUUUCAAAAGUUGGCAGAUUUUUUUUUUGUUUUUAAGGAAAAAGGCAUGCUUUCUGACUGACAUGAUCUUUUGCAAUACCUCAAUUUUGAAAUAUAGGAAAGAAAAUGAUAUUUUCUAAGUAAGUUUAUUCAGAAAAAUAUAUAUUAAUUUAAUUCUGCAAGAAAAUGAUUUAACAGAUGGGUAACUUUAUUUUUUUCAUGCUUAUUUGUGUUUUUUGAAAAUGAAGAAGUUAGAGCUUUAUAACUAUAAUAUUAAAGAUCAUAUCUAACCUACAGAAAUCUACCUAAUUAUGUGAAAGAAGCAAAACUUUUUGAAGAAGCACCCCUCUUUCAUGUAUUAAAAUAACACUGAGAUUUUUUAAAAAGCUGGAAGAUUGUACAGCAUAAAGCUAAAGUGAAGGCAAAAAACAUUGUCCUGAAGAAUAGGUUACAAAAAAUAAACUCCAUUUGGUGCUGAAAGUUGUGAAUAGAUGGUGGAAACUACUUUCCCUUAAUUUGUAUAUUUCUAAUCAAGCGUUGAUUGUGCGCGACUGACCAGGAUUGUGAAAGAGUUCUUCUGUUUGUAUUUUUUUAAAGAGAACUUUUUUAGUUUAUUAAAUUAUAACAUGUUCCCUUUUGUUUUGUAAAUAAAUGUGCCCCCAAGUUGUUAAUGUUAUAUUAAAAGAGAGGGUCCUUCAAAAAAAUUAUUUUUUAAAACACAGAGGUGUUCUGACCUGCAACUUGACUGGGAAGCCCCUGGGUAACACAGGUCCUGCUGUGGCCUUUCCUUGGUGUGACACUUGAACUAGUCGAUUUUUUGAAGGCUAUAACCUAACCUCGACUAUUUGUUGUUAUGUGCAAUACUGUUUGUACUGUUUGUAUAAAAAAUAGAAAAAAAAAGAAAAGAAAAAAGGCAUAAAUCUUUAUUGCAGAUUUAUUUUCAUUGCAAACUUUAGACAUUGUGAUUCACUGAAAUCAUUUUUCUACUGUCAAAUAUGUACCUUUUCUUCAUGCUGGUAUUUUUUCAAUAGUAAUGUAGCCUUUGUACUGAGACAAAUUUUCAUUGUUAUUUUUAGAAAGAUUUUUUGCUAAGAAAAAAAUUAAACAUAUUUACAUAUUUUUCAUUUUAUUUCGUAUUUUCUUUAAGGAGUGCUUUCUCAAUCAUUAAUAGAGUUGUUUCUGGGAGGGACUUUCAUAUCUGGUCAAUGUCAUAAUAUUAUUUUGUAUUUUUAUUGGAAUAAAUUAAUUUUAUGAUGCUAAUUCUUUAAAAGUUUAUUUUUUUCAUUUUCAGUUAUUUUUGAAGCUAAAACCUUUGUAAUAUUGUUACUAAAGUGUCUAGUUUUUUGAAAUGCAAAGCUUUAUGUAUUAACUUGCUGAUGUGGUUUACAAUAGUGUGACAACGAUGAAAAUGGUUGGUUAUGUAAAGUGAUUGGAAAUGUAACGGAUAAUUGGGUAAUAAAAUGACAGAAUGAGCAGAACAUGUGAGAUUUUGAGAAGCCUUUUCCUUUAUCACAGUGGUUUAGUGUAAGACUAGGGAUGUCACAGUGCAGUUCUCUAGGGAUGUCACGGUGGAUUUAUACAACACCAGGUGCAGCCAAACCUGUGGCCCUGAGAAUGAAGUCACCCAACCGAAAUACCACCGGGUUUAAAAUCUGGCUAAGUCAACAGAAUGUUUCAUUGCUUUUUCCCCUCUAACUCUUCAUUAUGUCGUGUGUGUGUGUGUGUGUGUGUGUGUGUGUGUGUGUGUGUGAGAGAGAGAGAGAGAGAGAGAGAGAACCUGCCACCAACUGCUGUCCUUGUGUGAGAUAGUGCCUUUCUCCCAGGCCGAAUCUUUUAUGUGCACUGACAGUGGUGAUAUUGGAGUCAUACAGGAAGUUGCUAAGAGGACACCGCCUUUGUGGUGUACUGCAGACCUCACCUGCAGGGUCUCACUCAUGCUGCCUCCCUGUAAGGCUCAGUUGGUGGCACUGAGGAGGCACACUCGGAUGUCACCACUGUCUGUGGACCCUGACUAUGUGUCGGGUUGCAUCUUCCUCCACACCCAUGCCUGCUUCCUGUUCUGGUGCCCCUUGUUUGCCUUUCAUUGUGGCAACUGUGUGCAUGAUCUGUCUGCCUUCCUGCUGCUGCUUUUCCAACACCCCCCUCACCUGGAAGCUGGGCAGUUAAGGCACAGUCAUUAAUGUGUCAUUGCAAUAGCACCUACAGUCAAAGCAAAAACUACAACUGCAAAACUGGUGUUGCGUAAACAGAACAGCCAAUAACUUGCUCCAGAUAGAUGAUGUUUCUACUAGUGGUUGAUGGCCUCUUUCAGCUCCAUCGCUAUGGAGGCGAGGUUCAUCAAUAACUCAGAGAAACUUGUGUCCAGAGUUGGUCUUGGGUACGCUCUAUGUAUUCAGUUUUGUAAAUAAUAUAUAGAUUAGAUCAAGUUGUGAUGUAAAAUUUUAACUCGAAUUGGGUACUACUGGUUGGAAUUUUACAUUAACUACAAAUAAAUGAUUAGGAACAGAAGAAAAGAAAUCGGAAAAAUCUUGCUUAGUGGUAUAAAGAUUAUGCUUAGAUUUCUGCCUAUAUCUUGUGUUUUAUAGCUUGUUAGUGAGGCAUGGGCUAAUGCAGAAUGUACUGCAUUUAUGCAAUUAGCAAAUAACUGCUAGUUUUCAUUUUAUCUAUUAUAUUAGCAACAAAAAUGGCAUUUAACUGGGUAAAGCUCCUACCUAAAUAUUUGAGUAUUGUGACAUCUCUACUUGCAAGGUUUGAGUGAAAGAUUAGUCACAGAUUAGUGAAUAAAAUGUAUCUUUUUGUUAAAACUAGCUUAUUUGAAUGGAUUGUUGCUUUUCACUAGCUUGUAUGGUAUGUCAGCUAACAUUUCUUUGUUUUUUUUUCUUUUAUAAUAACCAGACUUCUCUAUCUCAGCUGCAGUAGUGUUCCAUCUUACCACAGAGUGUUUUAUAAUUAAUGCUGUUGACUUUAUACCCCAAAAUGGGUCAAGAAGUGGCUAUAUGAUUCGGGGAUGUUUAAAUCUGUAUGACGACAAAGUUAAUUGCAACAAGUAGAAAACUUGGGUGCUAACACAGGAUAACUUCUGCUCUUUUUCUUUCCUGGAUAUAGUUCUGUUGGGGUAUAAAGUAUUAGGUAUUUGUAUUUUUUGCUGUCAAAAUAAUGGACAACUUUUAGAGUGUUCACAGCUAAGAUCUCUGUAUUUGUUUUUCAACUAACAACUAAUUUUAAAUGUAUUGUAUCUUUUAUUACCUGUUCUCUUAGAUUGUUUUUUGCUAGUAACCCUUACUCAGCUUCUGCCUUUGGGGCUUGGACUAAUAUUGCUUGUAUGGAACUACAGUACUGUGACUAAACAUGGAGCUCAAUGCAGCUACUGCUUACAACUGCUUAAACUUUGUAGUUUGGACUUCAUUUUUUUCUGUAAUAACAACUUAUUAAAUCUAGUUGUAUGAA